CUCUUACUACUCAGUUACUCUAAUUUUAUGCGGUACGUGUGUCAGAUUUUGAUGCUGAUGUGUAUUAGAACUUAGGAUAAAAACUAUUUUUUGGUGAGGCAAUGUUACCAAGGGUUUGUUCUGUACAUGGCACUGACGUACGCAAAUCUCCGCCCCUAAUAUGCAAAACUGUUAAAGUAGCGUGCCAGUUCUCAGUCACCAUAAACAAACGAGAGGAGUGUAGUAGGUGGCUGAUUACAUUAGGGUUAAUACAGUGUGUUAAACAUUGACUAAACAAUACUUUUGACUUUUAUGUAAUAUAAACAUUUGUAUUCAACAGUGUAUUAUACGGGCGUGGAAGCUCUGUGGCAUCAGCUCAAAUUAAAUAUUUGGAAUGGAGGAACUACAUAUCCAUUGCCAGAACUGUGUGAGCAGAAGAUGUAUGGCAAGGCCAAGGACUGGUGUUUCUUGCGACCUCAUGAGCUGUCCUCUUGUGUGUGGGGCAGUUUUCCACUCAUGUAAAGUGCUUGAACAUCGUUUGCUGUGUCCAUAUGAAAGAGUGCCUUGCCUGAAUCGUGGAUUUGGAUGCCCAUUUUCGAUUGCAAGAAACAAAAUGGCACAGCACCUGGGAAUAUGCCCAGCCAGUGUCGUGUGCUGCACCAUGGAGUGGAACCGAUGGCCAGUGAGCUAUGCUGAUCGUAAGUCCUACGAGAACUUGAGCAAGGAAGUACACGAUGUAGAACAACUAGAUAUGGCAUUGGCCCUACAAGAUCAGCGUAUGCUGCUUGAGUCUCUCAAAGUAACAACCACUGUGACAAAAACUGUAGAUGAAGAAAAUGAAAAGAUGAACUGUGGCAUGCCAGAAGCAGAAAUGACAAAUGCACUCAUUGAAAUGGAUGGGGAGUCAUACAAUGAGCUUUACAAGGCUUCAGUAGAAACCAGCAGAAGCUUAGCAGCUGCUUUGGACAUUCUCAGCAGUGCUAACAAAGGUAUUGACCUAAUCAUGCAAAACCUUGGUAGUGUGAAGGUUGAUGAAAAUGGAACUUGUAACAGUGGUCUAAAUGGAGAUUGUUGUUCAAAAGAAUGUAAGAAUGUGGUAAUAAAUCAAAGUGACACAGACUCAGAAUGUGAGCUGGGGGCUGUAGGUGGAGCAGACUGUCCUAUUCCAGCAUACUUUGAAGAAGAUAGUGAGUGGAUAGAGCAAAGUAAACUUGAUCUUUCUUCAGAUGAAGAGGAGGAAAUAAACAAUGCAAUGAAGACUGAUGGACAGCUCAUUUGUAAUGGAUUUAAAGAUAUAGAGGAUGAUCUCAAUAAAGUCAGACUCGAAAUGCAUGUGGAGAGAGCCAGUGGCUCCUCAGACCUUAAACCAGCGAUUCCUUACCAUUCCAUGCCUAUUGUAGCACAGGAGCCAGAAAUGGCCCGCCCACCCCAGUUAGCCCUGCCUCUCCCCAUCCCUCUACCUGAUUUGGUACAGAACAAUGUUUUGCAGCAACUUCCUGUCGAAAUUGAGGACCGGUGGUUGGAGCGUAAGUUGCAGCACCUUCAGGUGCUCAGGGGUAUGAGUGUGUUUACAAUUAAUGGCCGGAAGACUCUGCUGUCCAAUCCUUACUUGUUCCGGGCUAAAAUGGAGGACAAGGCAGUGGAUACAUCUGACCUUGAGGUUACAGAUGACCCAAUAGGCCUCCACGGCAUCGAUCUCAUCACAGCCGCUUUGCUCUUCUGUCUUGGGGAUUCGCCAGGGGGCAGAGGCAUUUCAGACAGCCGCUUUGUGGACGGUUAUCGCAUUGACUUUGGCACGCAGACAUUUUCCUUUCCCUCUGCUAUACUAGCCACCCGAACCAUGGUGGGCGACAUCGCCUCUGCUUCUGCCUGUGACCAUGCCAGUCCACAGCUGUCCAACCCCAGCCCCUUCCAUACCCUCAGACUGGACCUGGUGCUGGAGUGUGUGGCCCGCUACCAGACCAAGCAGCGCUCCAUGUUCACAUUUGUUUGUGGGCAGCUGUUUCGCAGGGACGAGUUCUCCUCUCAUUUUAAGAACGUUCAUGGGGACAUACAUGCCGGGCUUAAUGGCUGGAUGGAGCAAAGGUGUCCUCUUGCAUUCUAUGGCUGCACCUACUCACAGAGAAGGUUCUGCCCCUCAGUGCAGGGCUCUAGAAUCAUCCAUGAUAGCUACCUGGGCUCAUUUGGUGUGCAGUCUGACUUGGCUGCAUGUCAAGGUGAGCACCUAUAUCGGACCAUCUGUCAAUAUGGCUCCCACUGUGAUCACCUUAGCAGUUUGCCCUUUGAACUACUGCAGCAUGUGGCCAGCUUCUUGGAUGGUUUUAGUCUGUGCCAGUUGUCUCGAGUAUCUCGCACCAUGAGGGAUGUUUGUGCUAGUCUGCUGCAAUCACGUGGGAUGGUGGUCCUGCUCUGGGCUAAGAUGAGAUGUAGUGAUGGAUCCUCCUCUUGGCAGAUUCAAGACAAGGUAUGGAGAUUUAGCACGGCCUUUGGAACAGUGAAUGAAUGGAAGUUUGCCAACAUUUCCAGCAUGGCUGACCACCUAAAGGAGUGCAAGUUCAACAUGGUGGCUCGUCGUGAAGAGGCCAUCCCUCUGCCUUGUAUGUGUUAUGCAAGAGAGCUUACCAAAGAGGGCCGUUCGCUGCGCUCGCUGCUGCAGCCAGUGUUAUAGGCUGAACUCAAGAGCAAAGAAAUAUGCUGCCCUAACACUUCCAGUCUCACAGACAAGUGUGAUGUCAAUUAACAAAGAUGUCCUGUUUCUCAUUUUUGUUUUUAUUUUUUUUUUAAUACUGUGCAGUUUAGGGUUAAACAAAUACAUCCUCGACAUAACACACUUGACCUAUUGGCAUGUUUUUAACUAAUAAAAACAUGCCUAGUUUGUUAUAAAUAUUUCAUAUUCUUUUGCACAGACACAAAUAGUAUGUCUUGAUGAAGCAUCAUUGUUUGAAGGCAUGUUCCCAUAAGUCAGAAACUGCAAAGUCAAGUGGUGAUGACCAAACACGAGGAGGCACUUUGCAUGUCAUUCUUGUAUGAAUGUCAAAUUAAGUCGCCAUUUGACUUCAGAUUUUUGUCUCUUAAUUUUGUGCGACUGCAGUUGGUCAUAAUGUGCAGUUUUCACUUGCAUCAGUUAAACAUGCAGUUUUAAUUUUUGUAGCACUUUGAACAGUUGAAGUUUACUUUUCACAGCUGAUGGGUACUUACUUCAUUUAAAGCUGAAAUGUCUUGAUCUGACUCCACUCUCAUUUUUUAUUGUUGUUUUAAAAUGAGCACUAAUUAUGCUACUCAGCUCUUUAAAGUUGUUGUUUAGCUUUCUUAUAUGUACUUCAAUGCAUUUGAAUCCUUUGCUGUUUCAAAACUCCACAUCUAUACUCCUGUUUUGUCUUGAGCCAUUAAUGAAAGCCUGCUGGACAGGUCUAGGACUCCAGCUAUCAAAAAAUGGCUAAUUUGUUGGACAAUUCAUUUCAUACAGUUUUCUGCGGCUGUGUCUAUCACAUUUCCAAGUGUAUCUCUUGUGCCUCUCAGGGUUCUAAAGAUGAAAGACUGGACACUACUGUCUACAAAAUGAAAGUUGAUGUGAACUCAUUGUACUUAAGUAGUCAAUGUCAGUGUCACAGACAAGGAGACAAGAAAGGGGUUACAGCUACUGAAACAUUCAGUAUUGUUGUUACCAUCAUUGUUGAAUGUUGAAAUUGCUGUUCUGAAAUGUUUAUCUAUUUUGAUUCUGGGGAAACUUGUUU